CUGAGCCAACUUUGUCGCCAUUUGCGUCUCCCUAUUGUGAGCGUGCAGCAGCUCCCUCUGCAGGGGGCCCGGCUGCUACUGAAAGGGACGUCCCUGAGUAAAAGCUACUCCAACCAACCAAGUUCCUGCAGACCAGAUCUCAGACUUCUGCCUGCUGAGUGUUUGGACCCCUGCUCUGCUAUCUGUUAUCUGGGUCUAAAUCUCUCCAUUUUUAAUCAAAUUUACACCAUAAACUGCAUGUUUACUUGACAAGAUGAGACUGACGUUUGGGACUCUGUCUAUGAAAGAGAACUCUUGUGCCUCCGUGUCUGGUGUCACUGUUGCUCUGUGUCUCCUGACCCUCCUACUGAUGGCCCUCAGGGGCCGAAAAAGUCACUACAAGUACCCCCAAUUAAAUCAAACAAAAUAUCCCCCUCCACCUGGCCCAACGCCAUGGCCGCUCGUCGGUAAUUUGCUUCAAAUGGGGGACCAGAUUCAUCUUUCUCUGACCCGUUUGAGGCUCCAGUAUGGUGAUGUUUUCCAGAUGCGCCUUGGGUCUCUGACUGUGGUGGUCCUGAGUGGCUACUCCACCAUCAGACAAGCAUUGGUUCGGCAAGGAGAAGCUUUCGCUGGAAGACCUGAUCUGUUCACCUUUUCUGCCGUAGCCAACGGGACCAGUAUGACCUUCAGUGAAAAGUACGGACCGGCCUGGAUGCUCCAUAAGAAGCUGUGUAAGAAUGCCCUCAGGUCAUUCUCACAGGCUGAGCCCAGAGGCUCCGGCGCCAGCUGCCUGCUGGAGGAGCACAUCUGUGCUGAGGCAGCAGAGAUGGUCGAGGUGAUUCAGCAACAAGCUGCAGCUAACGGGGAUAUGAUAGGUGUAGAUCCGGUUAAGGCCCUGGUAACGUCAGUAGCAAAUGUUGUCUGCGCCCUCUGCUUUGGUAAAAGGUACGAAUACAACGACAAGGAGUUUCUCACUAUUGUUCACAUCAACAACGAGGUCCUGAGGAUCUUUGCUGCAGGGAACCUGGCAGAUUUUUUCCCUGUGUUCCGCUACUUUCCGAGCCCAUCUCUGAGAAAGAUGGUCCAGCACAUCCGCAGGAUGAAUGGAUUCAUGGAGCAGAGCAUCAAGGAACACAUCAACACCUUUGAUAAGAACUGUAUCCGGGACAUUACGGAUGCUCUGAUUUCACUUUGUGAGGACAGAGAAGAAAAUAAGGAUACGGCUAUACUUUCCAAUUCUCAGAUCAUUCACACAGUCAUAGACAUCUUUGGAGCAGGAUUUGACACCAUCAUUGCUGGUUUACAGUGGAGCAUGUUGUACCUGAUCAAGUUCCCCGACGUCCAGGCUAGAAUACACCAGGAGAUAGAUGAGUACAUUGGCACAGCCAGACUGCCUCUGUUUUCAGAUAAGCCCAAGAUGCCAUUCACGGAGGCGUUCAUUUAUGAAGUUUUUCGUCAUGCUUCAUAUGUCCCGUUUACCAUUCCUCACUGUACCACGAGAAACAUCACCCUGAAUGGAUAUUUCAUUCCCAAAGAUACUUGUGUCUUCAUCAACCAAUUUCAAGUCAAUCGUGACCUUGAUCUUUGGGGUGACCCGGACACAUUUCGGCCUGAUCGCUUCCUGGGUUCCUCAGGACUUCUCAACAAGGAGCUGGCAGAAAAGGUUCUCAUCUUUGGAAUGGGGAAGAGACGAUGUCUUGGAGAUGAAUUUGCCCGUUUGGAGAUGUUUGUCUUCCUGACCACUCUGCUCCACGGGCUGCGGAUAGAAAAUGUACCAGGGCAGGAGCUGGAUCUGAGCACUGAUUUUGGCCUGACUAUGAAACCACGUCCAUACAGGAUUACCAUCUUUUCGAGGGUGUAGACUGUCAAAAAUUCCAAAUGAAUCUCUGUAUGGAAGUUGUGGAAUAUCACAACAUACAUUCAAAGUAUUACAUUUAAUAGCCAUCGUAUUUGGCUUAACAUGUUAGUGCCAUAGAGUUACAUUACCUCUAUUGAUAAAAAGAUUGGAAUUUCUUUCUUUGGGAAAUGUGUUUCUAAACCGAACAACAAAAGGGAAAAAUAUUUUUUGUGCAAAUGUGUACGGUUUUAAAAUUAGCUUAAAAUAGUAUUGAAUAUGAACUAACUUUAUGUUUGUAUUUAUGACAAUUGAGGGUCAUUCAGAGUGCUUCUUUGCCAGAACUUUGAAGCGUAGAGUCCCACCGCCUUCCUGUCCCGCAACACAUUAAAAAUGAAACUAGCUUGAAAACAGCCACUCAUUAAAAGCCUUUAUCUAAAGUUAUUAGUUACAGUUAAACACUAAGGGAGGAAGAGAGAGGCUGUUUCAGAUCAGUGCUUCAGGCCUCAAACUGUGUUCAUGCAGGGUUCAUCUUCACUCUCGUCAGCCCGCCUCUUCUCUUUGUUUCAACUCUUCUCCUAUCUCCUCCACAUCAGUUAAGAGUUCUUCAGUAAUCAGUUUCAGUUCUCAUCCCCCUUAUGUCUUCUUCCUGUCCUCACCGCCCUUCCCUUGUUCCUCCUCCUCCUCUUUUUAUUUUAGCUGCAGGCAAACUCUGUUAAGCUAACACAUCUUCUGUCAUUUCCAAAGUCUCUCUCAGCGGCCUUCUGAGGAAUUACGCAACAAAUAUAUAUUAAGACAUAUAAGUCCCUCAUGUUUUUGAAUAUCCUCAUCCUCGCCCAUCGGUACUGUGACCUCCCCCACACUAAGAUAAGAUAUAGUGCCAGACAUCAGAAACAGAGAAAGUGUGAAAUCAGCCAUUUCUAAUUUUAUAAGCCAAAUGUAAAGCAUGCAUAGGAACAAAAGAGGAGCUAAGCAGGAAUACUAAUGAGAACUUCAUCCCUUAAUAGAAAGUUUUAAGUCAUUUUGAUACUAUCAUCCAUCCAGAGAAAGUGUACUGACUUCCCUUCAAAAUUAUUUUACAGUGGCGCAGUGGUUAGUGCGUGCGCCCCAUGUAUGGAGGCUAUAGUCUUCCAAGCGGGCGGCCCAGGUUUGAAUCCAGCUUGUGGCUCCUUUCCCGCAUGUCAUUCCCCACUCUCUCUCCCUGAUUUCAGACUCUAUCCACUGUCCUAUCUCUACAAUAAAGGCACAAAAAACCCAAAAAUAAAUCUUAAAAAAAACAAAACAA